AUGUCAUUAGAAAUAUACAAUAACAACACUCAUAACUUCAAUAAUAUAAUAAAUGAGUUAAAAAAAUAUAAUGAAAUCGAGAUAAAUGAAAAGACCAAUCUAUUCACCCAGAUUCACGAACUACAGUCAAAGAUAAAGUUCUAUGAAAACAAUAUAAACAAUCACUACCAUAUUAUAAGCAGUCCUACCAAAGAAAAGGAGACUGCUGUUGAGCAAGAAACUCACACUACAGAUAAUGAAAUCAUCGAUAGAUUAAUAAAGGAUAAAGAAAACUAUAAGAAAAAGUAUAACGAGUUGAAAUUGGAUAAUUUUAACAAGAUAACCGAGAUUAAAAACCUAAGAAUCAGACUAAAUAAUGAUAGCGAGAAUGAUAAGACUAAUAGUGACCACAACAAUAAUAUAAGCGACAUUAACAAUAAGUUGAAAAUGAAAUUACGAGACUCGAUACUCAAUUUAAACAAGUUGACAAUGGAAAAUGAAAUUCUAAGAAAGAAAAUAUUCAACUACAACCAAAUCAAUAAUAAACACGAUUUGAAUUUUUUUAACAUAAAUGAUUUUAAUAAAAACGAAAGCAAAUUUCCAUAUAACCAGACCUUUAAACCGCUAAACGAGUUGAAUGACGAGCUAUCUGAUAAGGAAAAUGCAAAUGCAAAUGCAAAUGGAGCUCAGAAAGAUCUCAAUAAAGAACUAGAUAAAGAAAUCAAAGAUGAAAUGAUCAAAAAACCCUUGCCUAGAAAAAAAUCAAUUUUGAAGAAAAACAAUUUGAACUUUGUGCAAAUUCAAAUCAUUGGAAAGCUGAACAUGUUGAAGCCAUGCUAUUUCAAGAUUCCAGCAAAAGAAAUGGACAAAAACACCAACAACAUCAAGCUAUUGAGAAAGAUCUUUAUCAAAUACUCAAGCAAAAUAAAUAACAAUGUGAAUAGCUUGAUCUUCAAGAACUACAAGGGGAAGACCAUUGAUCUAGAAAGGGGAUACGAUUUCCAGCAUGGCGAGAUUCUCUAUGCCUAUUACAAGUGA